GCGGUUAACAGGGUCGCAGCAGCCAGGCCUUGGCCCAGGGACGCGGCAGUUGACAGAGACCCCGGCCCAGGGACGCAGCAGUUGACAGAGACCCCGGCCCAGGGACACAGCAGUUGACAGAGACGCCGGCCCAGGGUUGCGGCAGCCAGACCCCAACCCAGUCUCUGGCCACAGUACAGUUUACUGGUUUCUGCCUUUAGGCCUGGGACCAGGAGGGGAAUGGGGAACACCCAGAAAUGCAGAGCCCUGAGGGCACUUGGGCCCCUCUGCAGGGGCUGGGGGUGGCAGCUGCGGGGCAGCACUGCCCAGAGCUCUGCCAUCUGCUCUCCACUGGGACCCCUGGCCUGGGGUUUCCUGCCUGCUCAGGAGGAAUCAGGACCCCAGCCUUGACGGCCAGUGCACUGGGUCCUGUCCCCCAGAUACCCCAUCUCUGGCUGAGCACGGCGCAGGAGGGAGGUCAGACUCCUUGGAGCCCACCUACCCAAGGGCCCCACACAGCCUCGCGGGGAAGCAGAAAACUCCUUGGUGACCACGGCUUCCUCCCUCCGCCCCGCCCCCUCUGUGCGCCUCCACUUCCCCCCAGCAGGAUAUGGGUGCAGGGUGUGGUCGGGUGGGAGGGGAGGAGGCAAGCGUUUCCUGUACUGCUUGUCCAGUGUGUGCAGUGUGCAUAGAAUGAAUGACUGAGGCAGGGGGCCACGGCCUGGGCACACAGCUAUGGGGCCAACUGAGCAGAAUCUUCCCUGCGUGAACGAGCAGGCAGCUCUGGGCGAGUGAGGCCGGCUCCAUGUACCCAGAAUCGACGACCGGCUCCCCAGCUCGGCUCUCCCUGCGGCAGACGGGCUCCCCCGGGAUGAUCUACAGAAAUCUGGGCAAGUCCGGCCUGCGAGUGUCCUGCCUGGGGCUUGGGACAUGGGUGACGUUUGGCGGCCAGGUCACUGAUGAGAUGGCAGAGCAGCUCAUGACCUUGGCAUACGACAACGGCAUUAACCUCUUCGAUACUGCGGAAGUCUACGCAGCUGGCAAGGCUGAGGUCGUGCUGGGGAACAUCAUCAAGAAGAAGGGGUGGAGGCGGUCCAGCCUCGUCAUCACCACCAAGAUCUUCUGGGGCGGAAAAGCAGAGACAGAGAGGGGCCUUUCCAGGAAGCACAUCAUAGAAGGUCUGAAAGCAUCACUGGAACGCCUGCAGCUGGAGUACGUGGACGUCGUGUUUGCCAACCGCCCAGACCCCAACACGCCCAUGGAAGAGACCGUGCGCGCCAUGACCCACGUCAUCAACCAGGGGAUGGCCAUGUACUGGGGCACUUCUCGCUGGAGCUCCAUGGAGAUCAUGGAGGCCUACUCGGUGGCCCGGCAGUUCAACCUGAUCCCGCCCAUCUGUGAGCAGGCAGAGUACCACAUGUUUCAGCGAGAGAAGGUGGAGGUGCAGCUCCCGGAGCUGUUCCACAAGAUAGGAGUGGGCGCCAUGACCUGGUCGCCUCUGGCCUGCGGCAUCGUGUCAGGGAAGUACGACAGUGGCAUCCCACCCUACUCACGAGCCUCCUUGAAGGGCUACCAGUGGCUGAAGGACAAGAUCCUGAGCGAGGAGGGCCGGCGCCAGCAAGCCAAGCUGAAGGAGCUGCAGGCCAUCGCCGAGCGCCUGGGCUGCACCCUGCCCCAGCUGGCCAUCGCCUGGUGCCUAAGGAAUGAAGGUGUCAGCUCCGUGCUCCUGGGUGCAUCCAAUGCUGAGCAGCUGCUAGAAAACAUUGGGGCCAUCCAGGUCCUUCCAAAACUGUCCUCCUCUGUCAUCCACGAGAUCGAUAGUAUCCUGGGGAAUAAACCCUACAGCAAGAAGGACUACAGGUCCUAAGCGGCGCCCGCCCGCCGGACAGUCUCCGUGCCCCUCCUAGUCCUGUCCACUCGCUUACGCCAUCCCGAAGCCAAGUGCAGAGUGUGGUUUGCAUCCAAAGAAAACAGCACGCCAAGACGUCCUCGGGAGCCGAAGUCGCUGCAGACACCACCCACCGCUUCCCCGGCCGCGCACGGGGAUGGUGCCCGGCCAGGCCCACUGUCGGGGUCAGGGUGCCCGGCCACCCCUGGCACCUCUGCCCAUCCUCUGAGAAGGGACCCACCCACUUCCUCCCAGCUACAGCCCUUCACAGGGGCUCUCCAAGCUGAGGCCAGGCCAAGCCUGGGAAGGGCAGGGGUGGCAUUUCCUGGGGCCGCGCUGGUAUUGCUGGGACAGGGCAAGGCCACCCCGUCACUCCCUUUCCAGGGGCCUCUGGUGCUUUCUGCUGGGCCUGGCCUCAGCUUGCCCUCCCAUCCUUCACCAAGGGGAGCUGGCCCUUGACCUCCACCUCAACCCACCCCCACCCUCGCUGACGGGCAGGGGACCCCAGGUUGUCUGGCUCUACGGCACAGGAACUUCAAGAUGUUUGGAGAUCUGAUCCCUGUCACCUGGGUGGAAAGGCCCAGGGUGCUAGAGACGGGUCCCCACAGCGCUUCGGAGGGCCCAGGGCAGGGGUCCCUCUGUGCCAGGCACUCUUCGCUGGCAUGAGAAUGCUGACUGCAUGGUGGGCAGGCAGCAGCGAGCAGAUGGCAGCGGGCAGAGUCUGUGGCCAUCAGGCCAAGUUCCCCGCAGUUGGUGGAGCCUGUCCUCUGCCCAGUCACUGCCGUGGGCCUCACUGCAUGCCAGGCUGAGCCUGGGGAUGGAGGGUGCCUGUGUGUCUUCCACCACUGUGCCCCCCAACAUAGGAAAAGCCCUGGGAAUGUCUCCCUGGAGAUACAGCCGCUGGGCUUCCCACACACCCCUGUACCCUAGCCUGCAAGUGCAGGCACGGAGGGCGGGCAGCACAGGCAGGGGUCCACCAGAGCUGGGCGAUGGUGAUGGCAGGAAGCCAGACCCCACAGAACCUGCCACAACCCACCCUAAGCCAGUGGUGCCUGCAGCCUGCACAGCGGACCCCCAGGGCCUGCACCCCUGCUCCUGGGUUGUCCUUGGGAGAAGCUGCUGUUCCAAGGUCCGCCCUGCCCUUCGCCCAGGGCUUGCUGCCUAGUCCAGGCCCGAGUAUGGUCCCCAAAAGCCUCAAAAGUCAGGGGAGACGGGAAGAGAGGCGGUGAGGGACAUGACUUCCCAGCCCACCCCAGGCCAGGCCUGGGCGUCUCCACCGAGACCUGCAACAGGCAUCUGCAGAUGCCGCCUGACAGUGUGGGCACAGGGCGGCAUCCCUCCAAGCGGCGGCCAGGCUUGUGGCUACUCCCCGCCUGGCACCUGCUGCCAAGUCCCCAGGACAGGGCUGCCGCUGAACAGGGACUGAAGAGUCAGUUGGCCCACCUGCCACUGGCACAGAUGGGGCUGGGCCCCUUGUCCACACUGCCAGCCCCUGCCCUGCUCACUGGAAGAUGGAUCAGGGCAGGCAAUGGGUCAGGGAGGUUGGUGCUUCCCCGGGCCAUGCUCGGCACAGCAGCGUUCCUGGUGGCUCCCCGGGGUGGGGGUGGGCUCAGCCAAAGCCCAGCACCUGUGCUCCUCACAGCCCAUGCCAGAUGGUCUGCCACAUCCUCCUCGACUCGUUCUGCUUCCCCUGGCCUCACUGCUGCCGGCUGGGCGGGGAGAAACCAAGGGAGGUCCCGGAGAAGGGACGAAGACCAAGGGACAACACCUGAAAACAGCAGCUGUUUGUAGUCCUCAAGUGCCCAGCGCUGGCCCGGGCGAGCCAGUCCUUCCCCCAACCCCAGGUGGGCCCUCACACCCACCUGUGAGCCCUCUGCCCGCCCCCUCCAAGCAGCUCCCUCUGUGUCCCCGAAGCCCAGUCCCCUGCAGGAGCACUUGGCGCAGGCAGCCAGCAAGGUGGGGUCCCCACCAUGUCUCAUCGCAUUCACUCAUGGUCAGGUCCAGCGUCCCGAGGAGGGGCAGGGCAGGGGCAGGGCCCUCGCACCUCUGUCCUCACCCAGUCAUGUGGACAUGCUCCCUCCACACCCCCUUUUUAAUGACCGCAGCCCCUGCUAACUGCACCCCUACUAGGCAGAGAACUCCAGACCCCUCGAGCUUCCGCACGCGACUCAGACCAGGAGGCCGCGACCACAUCUGUGGAAUGACACAAUAAACCCGAGCCUGUCAGUCA